UAAUAAACUUUGCUUGUAAAACUUUAUACACAGGUAACAAAGCAUUAAAUGAAGAUGACUGUUUAUCAGAAAUACUUCAGCAUGGUUCUGAGUCUGGAUUUAAAUAAAGACAGGGAUGUGGAAAGAAUACAUGGGUGUGGUAUCAACUCCCUUGAUAUUGAACCUGUUGAAGGAAGAUAUAUGUUGUCAGGAGGAUCGGAUGGUGUUAUUGUACUUUAUGACCUUGCAAACUUCAGCAGAAAGCCUUGCUACACAUGUAAAGCAGUUUGCUCUGUAGGAAGGAGCCAUCCUAAUGUACAUAAAUACAGCGUAGAGACAGUGCAGUGGUAUCCUCAUGACACUGGCAUGUUUACAUCCAGCUCCUUUGAUAAAACAUUGAAAAUAUGGGAUACAAAUACUUUACAGCCUGCAGAUGUGUUUCAUUUUGAUGGAACUGUCUAUAGCCAUCAUAUGUCUCCAGUUGCUACCAAACAUUGUUUAAUAGCAGUUGGUACCAAAAGCCCCAAAGUACAGCUCUGUGACUUGAAGUCUGGAUCCUGUUCUCACAUUCUGCAGGGUCACAGGCAAGAAGUGCUGGCAGUGUCUUGGUCCCCACGUCAUGAAUAUAUUUUGGCAACAGCAAGUGCUGAUGGUAGAGCAAAAUUAUGGGAUGUGAGGAGAGCAUCUGGAUGUCUUACUACACUUGAUCAGCACAAUGGAGAGAAGUGCAAAACAUCUUCUGAAGGAGUAAACACUACCCACAAUGGGCGAGUGAAUGGUUUAUGCUACACACACGAUGGACUUCAUCUGUUGACCGUUGGUACAGAUGAUCGGAUGAGACUCUGGAACAGCUCCACCGGAGAGAACACACUAGUGAACUAUGGGAAAGUCUGUAAUGAAAGUAGAAAAGGACUCAAAUUCACCAUCUCCUGGGGCUGCAACCCAGAGUUUGCUUUUGUACCCUAUAAGAGCACCAUUGCUGUUUACACAAUUUUCUCAGGAGAACUCAUAACUAGGCUUAGAGGGCACUAUAGUACUGUUGACUGCUGUGUGUUUCAACCUCAUUUUCAGGAGCUUUAUAGUGGUAGCAAAGACUGCAAUAUCCUUGCUUGGAUACCUGCCCUUCGAGAGCCAAUUCCUGAUGACACUUCUGAGAAGUCUCUUUCUCAACAGCAGUUAAAUCCAGCAUAUGAGGAUGCAUGGAGCAGCAGUGAGGAUGAAGGCUGAAUUUCCCUGGUGUACUGAUAUAAAAUUGACAUUCAGGCAGCUACGUUCAAGGACUUUAUCUACAGAAUCGGAUAUUGUCAGGCUUAUUGUGACUGGAUUCCUUGUACAGUUGUAUUAAAGCCAGGUCUUUCAAAAUAACCUUCCACCUUUUUUCCCUGGCAUCAUCCUCACAUUUAUUGCUUUAUAUAAGGGAUUACUUUUUCAUAUCUACUGACUUUUAUACUUAACCCUUACACAUUGGUGUGCUUUAUUCAGUGUUGAACAGCAGAUGAAAGAAAACUAAAGGCCCUUGUGACUAGUUAAUAGUACAUUGUUUCUGGCAUCACUAAUACAUAGGGAGAUAAUCCCUUCAUUUCUGAGACACCUGAUACAGAGGAUUUUGCCUUAAGGAGGGCUUGCUCAGGGAUACUUCCAGUUUAUUUUCUGCAAUGUCUAGAUGUAGCGGACUGAGACCUUGUAUGAGUGUCAGUGUGCUGUGGGAACCUAAAUGGGUUUAUGUGCUUGUUGUUUUGUGUUUUAUUAGUCUAGCCUGAGUUUCUCCAUGGAUGAGAUAUUCAGUUCAGGAAGGGACAGAUUAACUAUCCAAGUAUUUAUAUGGAAUCCCUCAUCAACUUGUAUCUGAAUCUGUCCCAGAAAGUUAAAAAUAGGAGCUAGCUUGAUUAGGUUUUUGUUAACUCUUGUUAAAGUGACUUUAAGGUUAAUCCUGUAUGUAUGAAUCUCAUAUGUGCUUCUCUAGCCAGGAUGGAGAGUUCAUAGACAGAAAUGUGCUUGAGGUACAAUGCAAGACAAUGAGUGAAUCAAGUUUUAUAGACUGUAGUCCUUGAAAACUCUGCUUUCAUCUGAAUUAGUGAUCUGAAUGUCCACGGUGUUUUGGUCAGGAGGAGUUCUGGGGGUUCAUUGCCUAAUCUCAGUCAGUGUUUGUGCCUCAGCAGC